GGCGGCGGCGGGGAGGCGGUCCGGAGCGCUCCGGGAAGAUUUCUGACAAGCACAGCCUGCGCUUCGUCAGGACCCUGUUCAGAGUCUCCAUGUUGUCCCAUCGAGAUGAGACUGAUCUGAGAAGAAGCUGGGGACGUUCUGUUUGGGCUGAGCGUUUCCAUUAAGGUCUUGACUGUGAAAAAGGCAGGCCUGUAUCCUUCAGGAAGCAGAGAGGUACAGACUAAAUGGAUCUAAAGACAGCAGUCUUCAACGCAGCUCGUGAUGGCAAGCUGCGGCUCCUUUCCAAGCUACUGGCAAGCAAAACAAGGGAAGAGGUGGCCCAACUGAUGUCAGAGAAAACCAAUGGUGCCACACCACUUCUGAUGGCAGCCCGCUACGGUCACCUCGACAUGGUGGAAUACUUGUUGGACCAUUGCUCUGCGUCCAUAGAAGUUGGUGGUUCGGUGAAUUUUGAUGGCGAGACCAUCGAGGGGGCUCCGCCGCUGUGGGCAGCGUCGGCCGCUGGCCACCUAAAGGUGGUUCAGUGUCUGUUGGAUCACGGUGCAUCUGUCAACAACACGACCCUGACAAAUUCGACGCCUCUCAGAGCUGCCUGUUUUGAUGGUCACCUGGAAAUAGUAAAAUACCUUGUGGAGCACAAAGCAGAUCUGGAAGUAUCAAACCGCCACGGGCAUACCUGCUUGAUGAUCUCCUGUUACAAAGGCCACAAAGAAAUUGCUCAGUAUUUACUUGAAAAAGGAGCUGAUGUUAACAGAAAAAGUGUUAAAGGAAAUACAGCAUUACAUGACUGUGCUGAAUCUGGAAGUUUGGAGAUCAUGAAGAUGCUUCUCAAGUAUUGUGCUAAAAUGGAAAAGGACGGCUAUGGAAUGACUCCCCUUCUGUCAGCCAGUGUUACAGGCCACACAAAUAUCGUGGACUUUCUGACCCAGCACGUACAGACUAGUAAGGCUGAGCGCAUAAAUGCACUGGAACUUCUAGGAGCAACAUUCGUGGACAAAAAGAGAGAUCUGCUUGGUGCUUUGAAAUACUGGAAGCGAGCUAUGGAAAUGAGAUACAGUGAUAGGACUAAUAUCCUGAGCAAACCUGUGCCACAAACACUGAUUAUGGCGUAUGAUUAUGCUAAAGAGGUAAACAGCUCAGAAGAGCUAGAAAAUCUUAUUGCAGAUCCUGAUGAAAUGAGAAUGCAAGCAUUAUUAAUUAGAGAACGUAUUCUUGGCCCUUCUCACCCAGACACAUCGUAUUAUAUUAGAUACAGAGGUGCUGUCUAUGCAGACUCUGGAAACUUCAAGCGUUGCAUCAACUUAUGGAAAUAUGCUUUGGACAUGCAGCAGAGCAACCUUGAUCCACUGAGCCCUAUGACAGCCAGCAGUUUGCUGUCGUUUGCUGAACUUUUCUCAUUCAUGCUUCAGGAUAGGGCAAAAGGUCUGCUAGGCACUACUGUCACAUUUGAUGAUCUAAUGGGUAUACUGUGCAAAAGUGUUCUUGAAAUAGAACGAGCCAUGAAACAAACCCAGUGUCUUCCUGAUCCAACACAGCUGAACAAAGCCCUUUCCAUCAUUUUGCAUUUGAUUUGUUUGUUGGAGAAAGUACCUUGCAGCGCAGAACAGGAACAUUUUAAGAAACAGACUAUCUACAAGUUUCUUAAACUUCAGCCUAGAGGGAAGAAUAACUUCAGUCCACUUCACCUUGCUGUUGACAAUAAUACUACCUGUGUCGGUCGCUACCCAGUUUGUAAAUUCCCCUCUCUACAAGUUACUGCUAUCCUGGUGGAAUGUGGUGCUGAUGUAAAUGUCAGAGACUCUGAUAACAACAGUCCAUUACACAUUGCUGCACUGAACAACCAUCCAGACAUCAUGAAUCUUCUUAUCAAGUCAGGUUCACAUUUUGAUGCCACAAACUCCCAUAAACAAACUGCUAGUGAUUUGCUGGAUGAGAAGGAAAUAGCAAAAAAUUUAAUCCAGCCCAUAAAUCAUACUACUUUGCAGUGUCUUGCUGCUCGUGUAAUAGUGAAUCAUAACAUAUCCUAUGCAGGGAACAUCCCUGAAAAACUAGAGAACUUUGUUUUGCUUCAUAGAUGAUAGUGUAGUGUCCCAGAGCACUGUUUUUGAAGCACGACUUGGUGAUAAUAUUUUCCUUGAGCACUGUUGUGAUACACCAGCGUUCCCUUAGCUUGCUCCAUUUUGCUCUCAUUGGCUAAAGUGUUGUUAGCAUCAGAUCUGCAGAGUUGGUUACCCAGUAUUUAAUAUGAAUAUGCCAUAUAAUAUAUUUUGUGGAUUAUUUAGAAAUGUAAUGCCAUAUCUAGACUUUCAAAUUGUCUGCCAAAGGCUUGUCUUUUCUGGUCUUAUUUGCCUGUUGAGUGUUUGGGACUGAGACGAGUAUUUUCCACUGAUGUCUUUCUACUGUAAUUGUCAUGUGGAUUUUAUACAGUUGGAAGGUCAUCUUUUUUUGGUUUUGCUUGAGCAUUUCUACUCUUACUCUCUUCUUUUUCUAUGGACUCAUUGCUAAACUGUACAAGUUGUAUGGACUUGUUAACAUUUGCAACUACCAUAAGUGCUUUUAUCUUCUCUAUGCACUGGCUUAAACAUGACUGUUGUGUGUGAGCAUAUUUCUAUGCAGCACUUGGCCAAUUUCAACUUAAAUGCCAAUUUUGUUUUGCAGUUCGUUUGGAGCUCUUUUGAGAAUGCUGUCUUCAUAGCAUGAUAAAUUUUGGAGUUAUUUAUCAGCUCUCCAAACUUGGGUUUGACUUUUUUGACUGCUGUAACUGAGAUUGCUUUCAUCUUGUUCCUCUGGAAAUUUGUCCUAAAUUUGGGAAAAGGAAAUCUUGCUUUGUCUGAUUGUAGUCCACUUGAACUUUAAAUCUGAAAAUUGUUCUAUUGCAUCGUGCAACUGGGGGAAGAGUCCUCAUUAUGUACAACUGACACCUUCCCCUUUGCACUAAUGUCUUGCUUGUGCUGAUUAUGUGACUAGAUGUGAAGUUUGCUCAGAGUUUAACCUCAAACCUUAAUGAUACACUUUAAUGAGAAGUAGUUCAAAUAUAUGCUGUACUUUAAAAUCUGCAAAUCUACAGAAGAAACUAAAGCAUGUUUGUGGCAUGAUGCUUAUCAGUCCAGAUCUAGACAUCACCUAGUAUAGUAAGUGGCUGUCUGCCAGGAUAUUGGAAAUUCUAUAACAGUGUCCUUUUUUCUUCUUUUUAAGUAUCUUUAGAAAUACUUGCAUGGAUUUUUCAUCUCUACUGUGUCAGCUCUACUUAACAAAAGCGGAAGUUCUGUUGUGUAUAUAGCUCCUAAUUAAAGUACAUAUUUUUAUAAUA